UCAAAACGGAGCCAUAUGAGGUGAAUCCUCACGGCACAUAGUGGUGGUCAGCUAACGGAGCAUAUUAUAUUAUGUUAGUUAACUUGUGUCACCACAGCCGUAAAGCGAUUUAGCUUGCAGCUAGCAGGUUGUAUGGCUUUGGGCCGAUGUUGCUAGUGGAGGAAGGGAUGCAUGUUUUGUCUUUCAUUAUGUCGAAGUCGUUCUGUUAUUUUUAGCUAGCACUGCAGGCUAGCUUAGCUAAUAGCGGCGAGUAAAGCGUGACUAAUCGGUUUGUUUGAAACACAAUACAAAUGGAGCAGUGGCAGGACGAGGCCUCUCAGCAGGUCAAGCUGCUUACAACUCGUCUGAAUGAACUGUUGUCCAAAGGUCUGGGACUGCUGCGAUCCGAGCUCGGCGUGGAUUUGGGGCUGAAGCCUGAGCUGAUUCCGCCAUGGGUGAUCCUCUUAGCGGCAUGUAGCGGGCUACUGCUCCUGGUCGCUCUGUGGGCCUCAACCUGCCGGUCUCUCUUCAAGAAACGACCCGAUGUAAGGCCUCUGGACGACGGGUUUGAAUUGAAACGCGAUGAGAGUAAACCUGUCAAAUCCGAGGAACAGAAGAAAAAGAAGAAGAAGACGGAAAAGAAAUCCCAGCCUAAUGGGAGAGCUGUUGCUGAACCACAGGAAGAAGCCAUAGAAUCUGAAGAGAUAGUGCCACAUCACCAGACGCCCCCACCAGAAUCCAAGGCUGAGAAGGCUGCAGAGUUAAAGAAGUCUAAGAAGAAGGCCAAACAGGCUGUGAAGGAGACAAAGACUGUGACUGCAGCUCGCAAAGAACCAGAAGAAGGCACAUGGGAGACCAAGGUCAGCAACAAGGAGAAGCGUGAGCAACGCAAGAAGGAUAAGGGCUCCAGUGAUGGCUCCAACAGUCCUGGAGGAGGACACACACCUGUGAGCGCUCCCCAAGAGCAGCCAAAGGCCUCCGCUGCUCCCCCGCCUGCCAGCCAGAAGAAGACAAAAGGAGAAUCUGCCAAAGUGAAAGUAGAGAAGGUUGAGGCUGUUGUGCCUGCAGUUAACAGUGAGGCGGUGGCUGCUGUGACGGACAUGGCUGUGAAGGUUCCUGCUCCCACCGUCUCGCCGAAGGCCCGCCCCUGGACAACCACUACAGAGCCAGCAUCAGUGUGGAGAGCAGAGCUUGAUGAGUCUUGGACCGUGAUUGACAGGGGGAUGGCCCCAGCGGACCCAAAUCUGGUGUCUUUAAGCGGCCUGGGUGUUGGUACUGCUGGUGAGUCUACAACAAAGUGGUGAUGUGACAAGUACUGGUGUAAUCUGGUUUACACCUCUAGAUGGCAUAGGUAGCUUCUCUUUUAGCAAAAUGAUGCUCCUCGUGUCCCCUCUUAGACCCCGUUUAAACGGAAACGCAAACGGACCGAAUUCGUUAUCAAAAAAGUCUUCCGUUCACACGCAUUCGGCUUAUUUAACGUGUCCGUU